AUGGGAGGAGGAUGCAAGAAGAAAACCAUCCCAUCCCAUCACCCUAGAGAAGAGAAACGCGAAGAUAAACGUCCUAAGAAGGAGCAAUCCACCAUUGGCGCUCCCAGCAAUAAUUGGCGCUCCCAUAAGUCUGGAGCAUCCGAUUACGUAAAAAACUGUCCGGAGUAUCCCCUCCGGAUACAUCAAGUCGAGGCUGUGCAAGUUUUAAAGAAGACGGGCAAUGAGGUGAAGUGGCCACCCAAGAAAGAAACUGAAGGGUGGAAAGAUCUUAAGAAGUGGUGCGACUUUCAUCAAGAUAUUGGGCACACCACUCAUGACUGCAGAGGCCUCAGGUAUGAGGGAAAAUGGAAAGUUGAUGACCCGGAAACAUUACCGCCGCCACCAUUGGCCACAUCAACUUACUGUGUAAUCUCUGGAGGGUUAGAGAUUAGAGGGCUUUCCCAUACCUCAGAUAAGAAGCAUGAGAAAGAAGCGGCGAACCUAGGCGUUAAAAUGGCACGGUUUGUAGGGACUUUCACUAACCAAGUGAUGGUCUUUGCUGAUGACGAGGCUACCCAACUAUUACAUCCGCACCAUGAUGCUUUGGUGCUUACGCUUCAGGUUGCAAACAUUAAUCUGAAGCGAAUCUUGAUUGACAACGGAAGUUCAACCAAUGUAUUGUUUUUGGCUGCGUAUAAAGAGAUGGGUCUGGAUGAGACCUUGAUACUGCGAAAGUUGACAGCACUCAUUGGGUUCAAUGGCGAGGUGAGCCAUUCAUUGGGUGAAGUUGUGUUGCCCAUUUAUGCCCCAGGAUUGAACAAGCAGACCAGGUUCUCCAUUGUAGAUUCACCUUCUGAUUAUAAUGCCAUUCUGGGACGCCCUUGGUUGCAUGCCAUAAGGGUCGUACCCUCUACUUAUCACCAAGUCCUACGCUACCCUCCAAUAGUGGUGUUAGGGAAAUCUUGGGGGAUCAGCACUCUUCUAGGAGUUGCUACAAAACCACCAUGA